AUGAGACUGGCUGCGUACACCGGGACCUCAGUGGUCCUGGCCACUGGUGUGUUCUUGAAAGCUCUACAUCAGAGAGCCAACUUCUAUUCAGCAUGCGUGUACCUUUCACAAAGUAACGCAAAUCUCAUGAUCCUUACCAAUUUGUGUCUUGUGAUUACAGGGUACAUUCUAUUCUGGUUCCAGCGACUUCUGUAUGGCCCUUUGCGCGCUAUCGAAACCGAACAACUCUACGAACGGGCAUGGUUCGCUGUCACGGAGACAUGUCUAGCCAUGACCAUCUUCCGGGGUUCCCUAGGGGGAUGGUUCUUGGUCAUGUUCAUUUCCCUUCUGGUUGGAAAGGUCUGGGGAUGGAUUGGAGAAGGCCGAGUGGAAUAUCUAGAACAACAACCCCCCGCAAACCCCACCCUGUUUCAUACCCGACUCGCGAUGUCGCUGUUGUUGACGGUCCUGUUCAACGUACUCAUGCUUCGCUAUUGUGUUGACACUGUGAUCCACCAAGCAAAACCAGAUAUGAUGGUCAUGUUCGGCUUCGAGUUUGCCAUAUUGACUAUCCUGUCCACGUCUACUGCCGCUCGAUACGGCAUUUCAUUGGCGGAGAUCUACAUCAAUCGCAUGCAGGUCCGGGCUAAGAUAGAGGAACGCCGUGCAGAGAUUCGUGCUGCUAGGGCAGAGGCUAUCCGGGAACACGCGCGUGCUGGCGCUACCUCCCCUCCUACCGACCUUCCCAGUGAGAACGAUGUAAGCGAGCUAGAGAUUGAUGUUCCAGGAUGGGAGGAAAAGGGACGCUGGAUCUUCUAUCUCGACCUGUUGACAGACUUCGUAAAACUCUUGGUCUACCUGACAUUCUUUGCUAUACUUCUUACCUUCUACGGCCUGCCCAUCCACAUUUUGCGUGAUGUGGUGGUUACCAUUCGCUCGUUCGCUCGCCGAAUCAUGGACUUCCUCCGAUAUAGGAAUGCUACCAGAGAUAUGAAUGAGAGAUAUCCAGAUGCGACAGGCGAAGAAAUUACGAGCGAAGAUGUGUGCAUCAUUUGCCGAGAGGAAAUGAUCCCGGUCCAGCCCGCUCCAGCUGAUGCCGGCGCACAGCCUGCUGCAAAUGCGCCACGUGUGCCUGAUCGCCUGCGUCCCAAGAAGCUUCCUUGCGGUCAUAUCUUGCACUUUGCCUGUUUACGAAGCUGGUUGGAACGUCAGCAAAAUUGCCCUACCUGCCGACGUCCAGUGGUCCCUUCGCGUACCAAUGGAGCCACGGGCGCUGAUGCAAAUGCAGCCGAAAACGGUGGUAUGGGGCAGCAGAAUGGUGUCAGGGGAGAUCCUGGUCAGCCUGGUCAAGGUGAACUGCCACGGGCCCGCGUAUAUCAGUUCGGUCCCUUCCGAAUUGGCUUCGGUGCCGUACGUGGUGAUCUUUUACAAAACCUUCAGCAGCAAAUGAACCAGGGCAACGUUCCAUUGCAACCUGGAGUUAAUGCAAACCAGCAGGGACCUCGGCAAAUAGGAUUUGGAUUUGGAUUUGGUCGCCACCCACAAGAUUUGGCUCAGGCUCAAGCUCAAGCGUUGGCUCAAGGUCAGGCCCAAGCGGAGCCUACUCCACUCCAGACUCCUCUCACGACCACCAUUUCCGCCAUUCAUGCUCAAUUACAACUGUUGGAACAACAAAUUGCGCAAGAGAUUAAUGCUCUUCGCCUUGCUACAGAGCAGCUACACCAAGUGCACACACUACAGACAGAAUUAGACCGACUGCGCUUUCAAGCAAAUCCUGUCGGAUCUGCAACACCCACAACUUUGCCACCGGGAACCUCAGAAACCAUUACUCAUCGCCAGUUUGUCUCCACGGGAGCUUCGUCGAUGAGCUCUGGUGACCCUCGUCUACCGGAAGGACUAGUUCUGCCAGUAGGAUGGACUAUCAUUCCUCUCGGGUCUGCAAAUGCUGGAACUGAAGCUGCACCGCAGGGCAUUAGAUCUUCAUCCAAUUUUCCAACUCCAUCGUCGAUAAUUCAACCUGAACAUUCUGUGGCCACUUCCGAGGCCACUCCUCAGGAAAACCAGUCUGAACCUGCAGUUAACAACAUAAAUCCCACAUCCUUAAGUUUGGAUGUCCACAAUGCUCCGUUAUCACAGGAUCAUCGGGAUGAUUCCCCUUCCCAAGAGUGGACAGAUGUCCAGUCGGAGCAAGUCCCUGAAUCAGGACCCUCUGCAAUUCCAUCUACGUGGGGUACCACACACACUCCAGAGGCUCCAGUAGCUGAAAGCAUUCAGCCCGAAUCCGGUUCUGAAUCUGUAUCAAAAGGUAAAGGCCGUGCAGUGACUGUGGAGGAGGCUGUUGAUGAAGACACAUCAUGA